AUGUGUGGAAUUUUCGCAUAUAUUAAUCACUUGACACCUAAGAGUCGGCGUGAAAUUUUGGAAUUACUUGUCAAUGGAUUGAAACGUUUGGAAUACCGAGGAUAUGACUCUGCUGGUGUCGCCAUUGAUGCCGCUGACCAGAAAGAUAUUGCUGUCUUAAAAAAAAAGGGCAAAGUAGCAGCUCUUGAAGAAUUACUUCAACAACAAUGCUUGGACUUGGCAGUUGAAGAAUGUGUAGAUUCCCACUGUGGUAUUGCUCAUACCCGUUGGGCCACUCAUGGUGAACCAAGUGCUGUUAACUCUCACCCUCAGCGUUCAGGAGAAGACAAUGCUUUUGUUGUCAUUCACAAUGGUAUUAUUACCAACUACAAGGAAGUAAAAACCUUUCUAGAAAAUAAGGGAUAUUGUUUUGAAUCCCAAACUGACACCGAAGCUAUUGCUAAGCUGGUUCAUCACAUUUAUAGUCAACACAAGGAUUACAGUUUCCAAGAGCUGGUAGAACAGGUAAUUCAGCAGCUAGAAGGUGCCUUUGCAUUAUGCUUCAAAUCCCGCUACUUUCCAAAUGAAUGUGUUGCAACACGAAGAGGAAGUCCUUUACUUGUUGGUAUCAAAACAAGACGCCGUCUAUCAAGUGACCAUGUACCUAUUAUGUACAAUAACAACAAGGCUACUCGUGGUGUAGUGCCUUCUUUACCUCGGGUUAACAGCCAUGCUCAUUUUGAACCAGAAGAAGAGAGGGAAGUUGAAUACUUCUUUGCCUCUGAUGCUUCUGCUGUUAUCGAACAUACCAACAGAGUUCUGUACUUUGAAGAUGAUGAUGUAGCUCAUAUAAAGGGUGGUGUCCUUAGUAUCCACCGUAUGUCUGGAAGCAGCACUGAUCCUCAUCAACGAGAGAUUUUCACACUUAAGUUGGAAUUGCAACAAAUUAUGAAAGGAAAUUAUGAGUACUUCAUGCAAAAAGAAAUUUUUGAGCAGUCAGAGUCUAUUGUAAAUACCAUGAGAGGUCGUCUUAACUUUGCUGACGGAACUGUUACACUUGGAGGAAUCACAGACUAUAUUCCAGAAAUAAAGCGUUGCCGUAGACUAAUGCUAAUUGGAUGUGGAACAAGUUACCACAGUGCAGUGGCAACUCGUCAAUUACUUGAAGAGUUGACAGAGCUGCCUGUGAUGGUUGAAUUGGCUUCAGAUUUCUUGGACAGAAAUACACCAGUAUUCCGUGAUGAUGUGUGCUUCUUUAUUUCACAGUCUGGAGAAACUGCAGAUACAUUAAUGGCAUUAAGAUAUUGCAAACGUCAUGGAGCUCUGAUUGUUGGAAUAACAAAUACAGUUGGAAGUUCAAUCUGUCGUGAGUCCCAUUGUGGUGUACAUAUUAAUGCUGGUCCGGAAAUUGGUGUGGCCUCAACAAAGGCUUAUACCUCACAAUUUGUAUCCCUUGUUAUGUUUGCCUUGGUAAUAAGUGAAGACAGAAUUUCUCUCCAAAAGAGAAGGGCUGAUAUAAUUGCAGGCUUACAUGAAUUGGACAAAAAGAUUAAACAGGUCUUAGCGCUAGAUGAUAAAGUGAAGGCCCUGGCCGAAGAUCUCUACCGUCAGCGGUCUCUUUUGAUUAUGGGCCGUGGGUAUAACUUUGCCACUUGUUUAGAAGGAGCCUUAAAAGUCAAAGAAUUGACAUACAUGCACAGUGAAGGUAUUAUGGCUGGAGAAUUGAAACACGGGCCCAUUGGCGCUGAUCGAUGA